AGCGCGCAUGCGCUAAUUUGACCUUUUUGGAUCAUUUUUGGGCGCAGCGGCUCGCCGUAGAAGUGGCGGUUUCAGUCAAAAUAUAAACAUGGAGGACGGCAGCGUUUCGAGUCAACAUGCCGCUGUCGAGAACAAUGGGAAUGGUUCUGCUGCAAACCAGGCGGCGGUGGAGCAAGUCUCCGCGGUCACGCCGAAGCCAGAAGCAGCCGGCAAACCGACGGAGGAGGAGGCUGCUCGGUACAGCCGGUUGAAGCUGUUCGACAAAGUCAUGCAGAAGAGCCUGAACAAGUUCAUCGAACAUGCCAGUUUUAAAGGAUUUGCCAGCAUGUUUCAUCCGCUGUACAAGAAAAAUCCUCAGAUGAUGGAGAGCAUCCACAAGCAGUUCACAGAGGAGCUGCAGAAAACUAUACAGGAGGACAUCACUAGACUGAUGGAAGAAGGCAUGUUGGAGUAUAAACUGAAUGAGUUGGACAAGCUGGAGAAUGCUGCCAAGGAUAGUCCAGAGUCUGUUUGGAGGCCAAGUGGGGAUCCUGAGCAGGACCUCUGCAGCUUUUUGAUGCCAUACUAUCAGAAGCAGGAGGCCUACGUGAAACUGGAGCUAAAGAAGAUUCGAGCAGAGAAUGCUGCGCUGGCAGAGCAGGUUCAGGCUGGUAGAGAAGGCAUUGCUCAGACCGAACAACACAUUUCCACAGCUGUGGAAGAGUGGAGGGCUUCAUUGGCAGAAUUUGAACUGAUGGCUUCUUGUUUCCACCCUGCUGAUGUAUUUGAUGUGUGAUUUCUAAUACUUUGUGUUUUCAAAGUUGACUAUAUUUAUUCUGUUUUCUGUAAUAAUUUGUAUAAUAAAUAUAACUCCAUUAAGUGA